UUGGCGGCGGCAGGCAAGCUCAAACGACGGGAUGCGCGGUCGCUCCAGCGGUUGGCAGCUCCUGUUCAAGUGCUCCUGAAGGGGCAAUGCUACCGUUCACUCCUCAGGAGGAGCUUUGGAACCAAGAAAUGGAGGUGUUCGGAGGCGGCGCAAGCAGCGGCGAGGUGGAUGGUCUUAAAAUGUUUGAUGAGCCAAUGGAAGAGGGAGAAGCAGAUUCUUGCCAAGAUGAAGGAAUUGUUAAAGAAAUCCCUAUUACUCAUCAUGUUAAGGAAGGGUAUGAGAAAGCAGAUCCUGCACAGUUUGAGUUGCUCAAAGUUCUUGGUCAGGGAUCCUUUGGAAAGGUUUUUCUUGUUCGAAAGAAGACUGGUCCUGAUGCUGGGCAGCUCUAUGCAAUGAAGGUGUUAAAAAAAGCUUCUUUAAAAGUUCGAGACAGAGUUCGGACAAAGAUGGAGAGGGAUAUACUGGUGGAAGUAAAUCAUCCAUUUAUUGUCAAAUUACACUAUGCCUUUCAGACUGAAGGGAAGCUGUAUUUAAUACUAGAUUUUCUCAGGGGAGGAGAUGUCUUUACAAGAUUAUCCAAAGAGGUUCUGUUUACAGAGGAAGAUGUGAAAUUCUACCUUGCAGAACUGGCACUUGCUUUGGAUCAUCUGCACCAAUUAGGAAUUGUAUAUAGAGACCUGAAACCAGAAAACAUUUUGCUUGAUGAAAUAGGACAUAUCAAGUUAACAGAUUUUGGACUCAGCAAGGAAUCUGUAGAUCAAGAAAAGAAGGCUUACUCAUUUUGUGGUACAGUGGAGUACAUGGCUCCUGAAGUAGUAAAUAGGAGAGGCCACUCCCAAAGUGCUGAUUGGUGGUCAUAUGGUGUACUUAUGUUUGAAAUGCUUACUGGUACUCUGCCAUUUCAAGGUAAAGACAGAAAUGAGACCAUGAAUAUGAUAUUAAAAGCAAAACUCGGAAUGCCUCAGUUUCUUAGUGCUGAAGCACAAAGUCUACUAAGGAUGUUAUUCAAAAGAAAUCCAGCAAAUAGAUUGGGUUCAGAAGGAGUUGAGGAAAUCAAAAGACAUCUUUUUUUUGCAAAUGUUGACUGGAAUAAAUUAUAUAGAAGAGAAGUUCAACCUCCUUUCAAACCGGCUUCUGGAAAACCAGAUGAUACUUUUUGUUUUGAUCCUGAGUUUACUGCAAAAACACCUAAAGAUUCUCCUGGUUUACCAGCUAGUGCUAAUGCUCAUCAACUCUUCAAAGGAUUCAGCUUUGUGGCAACUUCUAUUGCAGAAGAAUAUAAAAUCACUCCUGUUACAAGUGCAAAUGUGUUACCAAUUGUUCAGAUAAAUGGAAAUUCUGGACAAUUUGCUGAAUUAUAUGAACUAAAAGAAGAUAUUGGUGUUGGCUCCUAUUCUGUUUGCAAGCGAUGCAUACAUACAGCUACGAACAUGGAAUUUGCAGUGAAGAUCAUUGACAAAAGUAAGAGAGACCCUUCAGAAGAAAUUGAAAUAUUGAUGCGCUAUGGACAACACCCCAACAUUAUUACUUUAAAGGAUGUUUAUGAUGAUGGUAGAUAUGUUUACCUUGUUACGGAUUUGAUGAAAGGAGGAGAACUACUUGACCGUAUUCUCAAAAAAAAGUGUUUCUCAGAACGGGAAGCUAGUGAUGUACUGUUUGUAAUAAUUAAGACAGUUGACUAUCUUCAUUGUCAAGGAGUUGUUCAUCGUGAUCUUAAACCUAGUAAUAUUUUAUAUAUGGAUGAAUCGGCCAAUGCAGACUCCAUUAGGAUCUGUGAUUUUGGGUUUGCAAAACAGCUUCGUGGAGAAAAUGGACUUCUUUUAACUCCAUGCUACACUGCAAACUUUGUAGCACCUGAGGUUCUUAUGCAACAGGGCUAUGAUGCUGCUUGUGAUAUUUGGAGCCUAGGUGUCCUUUUUUACACCAUGCUGGCUGGCUACACUCCAUUUGCUAAUGGCCCCAAUGAUACUCCUGAAGAGAUACUGCUACGUAUAGGCAAUGGCAAGUUCUCAUUGAGUGGUGGAAACUGGGACAAUAUUUCAGAUGGAGCAAAGGAUUUACUCUCCCAUAUGCUACAUAUGAACCCACAUCAGCGGUACACUGCAGAACAAGUAUUAAAACACUCAUGGAUAACCCACAGAGAUCAGUUGCUGAAUGAUCAGCCAAAUAGAUAUGAUGCAUCACAUGUCAUUAAGGGAGUAGUGGUCACCACAUGUUCUGCCCUGACUCACAAGACCUUUCAACCAGUCCUUGAGCCUGUUGCUGCUUCAAACUUAGCUCAGCGACGGAGUAUGAAAAAACGAACAUCAACUGGCCUAUAAGAUUUCUAGUGUUCCUCAGCCAGACUGGAUGAAGAGAAUAUUAAAUGUGUGGCUUUUUGCCUAAUCUUAUAUCAAAGGCAUUGUUUUCUGCUACAUUACUUGAAUAUUCUGUUUAAGCCUCCUUUUUUAGGGAGAUGAGAUAAAAAAAAAUACACAGGUCCAUAGUAUUCAUACUCUAUGUUGUUUUGUAGUGGUGUCCAAGUGUUUAAAUAUAUAAUUGGUGUCUACAAGGUCCUAACAACUUCUCUGAACACUAACUUGUAAAGUUCCUUUCAAAUAAAGUUAUUUUAAUAGUUUUUCUAGUUUCAUAAAAUAAUGAUUUGGGGAAUCAGUACCAACAAUCAGGAUGCAAAUACAAUAGUAUAAUGCCAGGCAAUGCCAAUAUUUUUAACAUCAGAUCCUGAAGAAUAGGCUUUUUUAAAAAAGAAAACAAACAAAAAUGUAUUGUACAAACUUGUUUUUGCAUACAACCAAAGGACUACAUUCAUUUGUGCUAAUACAUGAGCUCCUGAUAUAGUUGGUGCCAAAAUUUUUACAGAAUCAAAUCACAGAUUGUGUAUUCAGACAGACCUAUAUAUUAUCCAUAAAUGUCCUCAUCUAGAAAUAAAGGUUUCCAUAAGACCUCUGUAAAUUUUACAUCUAAUGAAAUUAUGGUACAAAUGAAGAAAUUUUUUAGCCAAAGGCUUUAUACUUGGUCUUGUAAUCUACUAAAUAGGUUAUAACUAAGCCUUUGAAAAUAAAGUACAUGUGUUGAUACCACCUUCAUGAUAUAUAGACAUACUUUCAAUUUACUCAAUUGGAUUUAAUCAUAUUUUUCCCUUUGGUAAUGAACUACAUUUUUGUCUUUGGACUUUCAAAAUUUAAUUACAGUGUAGUGUAUUAAUUUACCUUCAAUCCUAUGGUUAUAUAGUUUAAAUUUUAUUGUAAUGGACUUGUGGGCUUAGCCCACAUGAUAUAAUACAAUGCAUUUCAGUAAACUUUAAACAUUGCUACAAAGAGAUAAACUAACAUUUUGAAAAGAAAAUAAUAUUAAUGAUCUACAUAAAAUUCGAGCACAUUUUAAAUCUUAUUUAUGAAAAAAGUCUGGCAAAAUUGGUCUUAUUUUUAAAUUUAUGAUUUAGAACCAUGGGGUAGUAUAUACUGUUAUCUCAAAUGAUAGAAUUUUAAAGAAUCUUUUCAUUUUGUUGAAGAAAAUACCAUUACUACUACUACUACUACUACUACUACUACUGACAGAAAGAACUCAUGAAUGUAAACUGGAGGAUAUUACAGCUUUGUUUAGUGAAUAUAAGCAAACAACUUGUGUGUGCUAACUGUACUGUUUUUUGUGUAUUUUGCUUAAUCCAGAGAGCAAGCUGAUUACUAAGCACUGAAGUAUAAAAUUUAGUCUAGAAGACUUGUAACUUUGGUAUUCAAUAAAGGAAACUAUACAUAUUCUCUUUAUAAUAUAAGUGAUAUA